AUGGCUAGCGACGGGCGCUCUCCAAUCCUGGAGAAUGAGAAGGACUCCACGGACAAGCCCGACUUCCGGACCCCAAGCUUCAGUCCCACGAGCCGCCCAGCCGAUUCACAUGCUGAAAAUGCAGCCGAACCGGACCACGACAGUACGGCCUCGGCCACCUCGAGCCCCACCGAAAAGGAACGGCCCGAUGGCAAACGCGAAUUGACCGAGGAUGAUUGCUGGGACUGUCUGGGCUUCAGUUUCCCUUGGUACAAGCGCUGGACGAUUCUCACGGUCAUUUUUACUGUCCAAAUGUCCAUGAACUUCAACAGCAGUGUGUACCCCAAUGCGGUCACUCCGCUGUCCGAACAUUUUGGGAUCAGCGAGCAAGCGGCCCGGGUCGGCCAGAUGAUCUUCUUGGUCACCUAUGCGUUUGGCUGUGAGCUCUGGGCGCCCUGGAGUGAAGAAUUCGGUCGCUGGCCCAUCAUGCAGCUCAGUCUGUUCUUCGUCAAUAUCUGGCAAAUCCCCUGUGCCCUCGCCCCGAACUUUGGCACGAUCGUGGUCUGCCGUGCGCUCGGCGGUUUGAGCUCCGCCGGCGGCUCUGUGACACUCGGCAUGACCGCCGACAUGUGGGAGCCGGAUGACCAAGGGUUCGCGGUUGCAUAUGUUGUGCUCUCGUCGGUCGGUGGCACGACCAUCGGACCCGUCUUCGGCGGCAUGAUCCAGCAGUGGCUGGACUGGCGCUGGAAUUUCUGGAUCCAGCUGAUUUUCGGAGGUGUCACUCAGCUGAUGCACUUCUUCCUGGUGACUGAGACUCGUGCGACGAUUUUAAUUGACAAGGAGGCCAAACGACGCCGGAAAUCCGGUGAAGACCCGAAUGUAUACGGACCGAAUGAGCUCAAGGAGCCCCGUCUGAGCGCCAAGGAAGUCCUCCAUAUCUGGCGUCGACCCUUUGAGAUGUUUCUGCGUGAGCCUAUUGUGCUCUGUCUCUCGUUGCUAUCUGGUUUCUCGGAUGCCUUGAUCUUCACUUGCAUCGAGUCCUUCAACCUGGUGUUCAAGUUGUGGGAUUUUGAUGCUCUCCGGAUUGGUCUGUGCUUCAUUGCAAUUGUGGUUGGUUAUUUGGUUGCGUAUGGGAUUUUCCUGCCGGAUAUCCGCCGACAGCGGACGGUCCGCCAUAAGGAAGGAAAUGCAGCGCGCGUUCCAGAACGUCGCUUGUUGCUUCUGCUUUUCAUUGCUCCGCUCGAGACCAUUGGACUCUUUGGGUUUGCCUGGACGUCGUUCGGGCCUGAGUGGAACCAUUGGAUUGUGCCCCUGGUUUUUGUAUUCCUGAUUGCAAUUGCCAACUAUGGCAUCUAUAUGGCCACGAUCGACUAUAUGGUGGCCUCGUACGGGCCAUACUCCGCCUCGGCCACUGGAGGCAAUGGCUUCGCACGAGACUUCCUUGCUGGGAUAUCUGCUAUGUAUGCGGCCCCGAUGUACAGCAAUAUCGGCGGCAAGUUCCACUUGCAGUGGGCCAGUACGAUUUUGGGUGUGCUAGCCAUUUUCGUGACCAUUCCGAUCUACAUCUUCUACUGGAAGGGCCCCCAGAUUCGCGCGGCCAGCAAGUUCGCCCAGACCCUGGAGGCCGAUCGUCUUCGCGGGGUGGAGCGCCGUGCUAGUCGUGUGAGUGCCAGCCAGCUCCAGGCCUAG